AUGCAAAGGGUUUUUGAUGAUAUGCUUCACAAAAGCAUUGAAUGCUAUGUUGAUGAUGUGGUUGUGAAUUCAAGAAAGCGAGAAGAUCACCUUGAAGAUUUGAAAAGGGUUUUCGGACGGUUAAGGAGAUAUCAACUCAAGAUGAAUCCACUCAAGUGUGCGUUUGGCGUCAAGUCUGGAAAAUUUCUUGGGUUCAUUGUCCGUCAUCGAGGGAUAGAGAUCGAGCAAGCGAAGAUUGAUGCUAUAUUGAGAAUCCCCGAACCUCGUGAUAUUCAUGAACUCAAGAGCUUACAAGGAAAACUGGCGUACCUUCGAAGAUUCAUAUCGAAUUUAGCCGGCCGUUGUCAACCAUUCAACCGUCUUAUGAAGAAAGGUAAGACCUCCGAGUCCGACCCGAUUCACUUGAGGACUCGAACCGUUACCACGAAGGUUCCAGAGGGUAAGGUGCACGUGUACAAGCAAGGGAAGGGCCCGAUCAAAGUCAUCAAAACGGUCCUGGCCGGGUGGGACCAGGACCAGCUCCAGGUGCGCGAGAUCCUGGAAAAAUAUAAAUUUAAAUCAAUUUACGCGUUCGCGCCCAAAUUGGGUCGGGGCGUGCCGAUCUGGUUCAACCCGAGGAAUGGCCAGUCGCUGCUCACUUACAGGGACGGUGUCGUUAUUAUGUUGAUGGGGAGCCCAAUAUAUAUUGAAAACCGACGACUCACGACGUCGGGGCAUCUACGGGCGAUUGUUGUACAUUCUGUCAUGGCGGACGCGCUGCUUCUCGGCAUCGCGAUUGCGGGCCUCGACCUCCUCGUCACGUGCUCCAUCCAUGUCGGGCAUGUGUACAUCGCUUAUAACAAUGUCGUAUAA